AUGGCGCACCAAACGGGUUCUAUAUCUAUGUUUUCGAUAGGAACACGUGUCAAUGCCUCAACAAUCCCUCAGACUUUUACAUAUAACGAUAGAAUGAGUCAACAUAAUACUAAUGUGACUGAAGAAAAUUCUCAAACCGACAAGGCAAAUUGGGAUGCCUCAUUGACAAAGGCAUUUAUUGAUAUCUGUGUCGAUCGUCAAAAGGCUGGUGAUAGGCCUAACACUCACUUUACUAAAGAAGAAUGGCGUUUGUGGGAGAAGUUAUUGAUUGGAGAGACGGGGCUUGGAUGGGAUCCUAUUCGACAAACGGUGCUUGCAGACAAUGAAUGGUGGGAGAGAAAAAUCAAGCAAAAUAAAAAGUGUGCGAAAUUUCGCAACCAUGGCAUUAAGAAUAAGGAUGAACUCAAUUUCCUUUUUGGAGGUCAAGGGGCCACUGGCGUUCAUGCUUUCAAUCCUUCUGCUGAUCCUCCUACUGAGGAUGUGGCUGAAGGUUCACAACCCACAGAGCAACGACAAAGGGGACUUGAAGAUCUCCUCUCAGGUGAUGAGGAUUCGACUGAUCCAGAAUAUGAUGUCAACGCAGAUGUGAAUGCCGAUGUGCAGAGUUCGCCAAAUCCACCACCUCGUGGCAGUAGGAGGUCCAACACACCCGCACCUCGUGGUAGACAAAAGAGGAAGGACAAUGAUGUCCGUGAAGAGAUCAGCAACUCUUUAGGUCAACUGGUUGCUGCAGUGAAUAGCCGCACUUCUGUUGGUACUACUGUAAGCAACAAUGGGGAUAUAGAUGAUGUUAUGCUUAUACUUGAAGAGUUUCCAGAGACAGCCAAUGGGGGACCUCUACUAAGGUGUGCACUGAAGCUCUUCGAGAAACGGGAGAAUCGGGAUUGGUUUCUGCGUAUAGGGAGGAGGAAAUGGCAGUUGGAGUGGUUAAUGGCAAAGUUUGAAGAGUCCACUGGUGGUGGACCAAGUGAUGCUUGA